AUGACGGCAUUUCUGUCAACACAGUUCUCAAUCAUCAUCAUCAUGAUCCGUUGGCUACUUCAUCGUAAUCAAUCGGUAAAUGCUGAGUCAUGUGUUUAUAAUACACCUGACGGAAAACUUGAUAUUCGUACAUUAGGCAAUCCACAUUCACCAAAAUUUCAUGAUAUACCGGAUCAAAAUCCUCAUUUACUUGCUACAUACUCUUACAAUGGUUGCUUUUCAUACAAUCAAGAUCAGUGUCAAAAUGCAGCAGCUUGUAAAAAGGAUUUACCUACUACAGUAUCAAAAUUAAUUGCCAAUCAGGAUAAUGUUCAAUUUCAAUAUGACAAGAGUAUCACUCAACUAUCGUACACGGACGGAGGUAUACAGCAUUUAACAGUAACUUUUCGUUGUAAUGAAAACGAGGAAAAACAAAGUGCAACACAAACAGGUACCGAUUCCUAUGUAUUUUCAUUUCAAUCAAAAUGUGCUUGUCCCGGAAAAUGUACGUAUAAACCAACAAAAAAAUCAUCUGGGAAACUAUCGACGGGAGGUAUCAUAGUAAUUAUAUUCGUCUGUCUGGUGGCUGUAUACAUUAUUGGUGGUAUGCUUUUUAUGAAAUUUAAAAGGCAAGCAAGUGGUAUGGAAUUAAUACCGAAUCGUAUGGUUUGGGUUUCAAUUGCAACGAAUGCAAUUAUAGGUAUAAGAUAUGUGGUUUCAUGUGGAAAAUCGAAAGCACCUUCGUCUGCCUCCUACGGUCAAUUAUGA